GCAGGGAUGAAUGUAGAUGGGGACUGCAGUAUGUCAGUCAACUGUGGCAAUGGCAAGCUCAGGCAGUGGCUCAUUGAUCAGAUCGACAGUGGUGAGUACCCAGGCUUGGUGUGGGAGAAUGAUGAGAAAACCAUCUUUAGGAUCCCCUGGAAACAUGCGGGCAAGCAGGACUACAACCGUGACGAGGACGCCGCACUGUUCAAGGCAUGGGCUCUGUUUAAGGGCAAAUACAGGGAAGGAGUGGACAAGCCAGACCCCCCAACGUGGAAGACCAGACUGCGCUGUGCUCUCAACAAGAGCAAUGAUUUUGACGAACUUGUGGACAGAAGCCAGCUGGACAUAUCAGACCCAUACAAAGUCUACCGGAUCAUUCCUGAAGGAGCAAAACGAGGCUCAAAGUCCAACAGUAUGGACGACAGCUCAGCACACGUGACACCUCUUUUUCAAAUGCAUAACACCUACCCAUCACUCCAGUCACAGAUGACCAGCUACAUGCUGCCACAGGACAGAAGAGACUGGAGAGAAUUCGGACCUGACCAGCCACAUCAUCAACCCCCACAUGCCGAGUUACAAUACCCGUACCCAUCUACCCGUCCUCUGCAGUGGCACGCACCACCAUGUGACAACGGGUACCAGAUUUCCGGAUCUUUCUAUACGUACACUCCUACAGAGUCCCAUCCAAUAGCAGUGGAUCCCAGUAUGAGAUCAGCUGAGGCAAUGGCCAUCUCUGACUUCCGCCUGCACGUGUCACUCUACUACCGCGAGUCCCUCGUAAAGGAGGUAACCACCACCAGUCUCGAGGGUUGUCGGAUCACCUCGUCUCCCUCUCCCUCCUCUCCUUCCUCUCCAUCCUCUCCGGGCACGGAGGAAAGGCAUUUCGGUGGGCCGGAGGCCGUGCUCUUCCCCUUCCCAUACCCACAAUCACAACGGCGCGGUGCUGAAAAGCUGCCCAACGUGCUGGAGCGAGGUGUCUUGCUCUGGCUGACACCUGACGGACUCUAUGCAAAGCGUCUGUGCCAGAGCAGGGUGUACUGGGAAGGUCCACUAGCACCAUACUCAGACAAACCCAACAAGCUGGAGAAGGAGCAGACCUGCAAGCUCCUGGAUACACAGCAGUUUCUCUCAGAGUUGCAGGGUUACAUCCAUCAUGGACGCCCUAUGCCAAGGUACCAGGUGGUGCUGUGCUUUGGGGACGAGUACCCAGAUCCUCAGCGACACAGCAAGAUGAUCACAGCUCAGGUGGAACCCAUGUUUGCGAGACAGCUCUUGUACUAUGCUGGCCAGACCAAUGGACAUUACCUGCGAGGUUAUGAGCUGGCCUCUCAGGGAACCCUGCCAGUCGAAGAGUACCCAAGGAGUCUGCAACACAUGCAGGAAUAAGGUCCGACCUAAAAAGACUGUUCCAGUAUGUUCUUUCGCUUUUGACACUGACGUUUCUCAUCAGACUGAAGACAGCAGGCACGAGGAUACCGGACCAAAGGUCAUUGUUUGCCAGUGCACAUCUACCUUUACCAACAUGCUAAAAUGUUUAAUCACUUGUUGCCUUGUGAAUAGGACGCCUGAAAUGUACAUUUUAGAUCUGUUUUUAGAAUUGUUAACAUUUUCUAAAGGGUAAAUAAG